AACAACCCACGCUCCGUCGCGCUUUUGGAUUUAGCCACGGGAACCCUCCAAAAAUCACAUUUUAUAACCAUUUAAGACUCGAAAUAGACCGUUUUGGAGGUUUUUAGUACGUCCGCAAAAAUGCAAAGCAUUCGGUUUUGAAAACGGGAUCGUCGACACUAAUCACGGAGGACGAUUUGCAGGUGACGGCAUCAUGGCGGAUGUGGCUGUGAGGACCGAAACCUCCUGGGCCUGUCGCACUCAGGGAUGCCACCUGAGUGACGUGCUGCUUCCUGUUCACGCUGGUAAUGAGGAGGAACUCAGUCAGUCAGAAACUGCAGAGACAAACAGCGGCGGUGCAGUGCUGCUGGAGCAGGUGGAGGAAGGCGCUCCCUGCGUCCUCACGCUUCACUGCAGCCCCGACUCGUCCGCCGCCAUCAGCCGCCUGCUGGUCACCAGCGAGGCUCGGACCAUGGAGGUGUACGACCAGAUGGGGGAGUACUGCGGGACGGUCCGGGGGGUCCAGGACGACGGCGUCCAGCCAGAGAGCGGAGGCAGAGGGCCCUUCUACAGGAAGCAGCUGAUCCUGGAGCAUCCGUCCUCCUCCUGUGAAGUCAAGCUGCUGUCUCUGGCCGGUCGGAGCAGCGUCGUGGUGUGUCGGGUGGUGGUGGUCCUGCAGCCUCUGCGGCCCCCGCCGGCUCGCGGCCCCGGCAUCGACAUGCAGCAGGUCCAGACUCUGAUGGAGGAGAUGGGAACCAGUCUGUCCCCUGGAGCCCAGAACCUGAUGGACAUGGUGCAGGUCCAGCAGAAGAACCAGAGCUCUCUGGGCGGGUUCCUGCCUCUCCUGAUGGGCGGUGGAGCUUUCUCUGCUCUGACCAGAGGAGCCAGCAACAGCAGCCACCUCCUGCCUGCAGACUCCACGGCUCAGUGUGGAGGCUCCUCUGAGAGCUGCUCCUCCUCCACCACCUCGUCCCCGGACCAGCCCAUGUCUGACGUCAGCUCAACCACCGGCAGCAGCGAGGCGGAGGGUCCGGUCGGCCACGCCCAGCUGGCGGACAUGAUGUCCCACUUCCUGAGAGGCGGCGGCGGGGCGGAGCUUCUGCCCGUGCUGCAGAACGUGUGCGGUCAGGUGACCCAGCUGAGGCUGGACGAGGCGGCGGCCGAGAGGGAGAAGAGCUUCAGGACGGGUUCCUGGGAGCUGGACUCGGCCAUGGAGCGCCGCCUGGACGAGAUGGAGAGGAGGCUGAAGGAGCACCUGGACCGCCGGCUGGACGCCCUGGAGCAGAAGCUGGACAAAGCCCUGCUGCUCGUCCUGAACCACGCAGAAGGGGGAGAUCGCCGUGACGACGGCCGCGCACUGACCCUCAGCCGGGAAGUUAACGCGUCAUUUUAAACGCCUAACUCCUGACAGAAGGGCAAACCUGUCUCCUGACUGACAUGAACGCAGGACUAAAAGCGAAGCCGUAAAUGACUAAACACACUGACUUCCACCAGCAGAUCACUCCCACUGUGUGUUCACUUUAAUUUCCAAUUGUUCUGAAGAUCCACGCGGCAGUACACCUGAGGACGUAACUAUUACUGUCAGUCUCUAAAUGGUGAAAAGAAAGCGGGAAACGUCCUUGUUCAUCACGUUUUGCCUGGCGGAAAAAAAACUACCAAAUCCCAAGAACACCAUGAUGGAAAUGAGUUUAACUUUUAAAUGACAAAGUAUCAUCAUUCCUGCUAAUAAUGACACUGUAAUGUUCUGAAUAAUGUAUAUGUCUGUAAAACAAUUAAAAUGACUGUUUUCACCUGUGAUGAACUGUACUGACACCGAGCGCAAGUAAAAAUAUAUUUAUUAGA